UGUCACGCUGAAGAAAUGUUGAAGAUCGGGUAGAGGCAGUUCGGGAUUUCGAGCAAUUAGGAUGAGACACAGGAAUUUUCAAAUUGGGGUGUUGUGUGUGCAAUUAUUAUGUGUUUUGUGUCAGGAUAAAACCACCACAGGCCCAUCUCAAAAUGCGAUCAAAACUUCGGAGAAAACGACACCAAUACCAAGUUUGAAAUAUGUUAAGCCAGAAAUAAAAGAAAUAAAACCCGUUGAAAAGAAAACUGAUAAAGAACCGAAGUUAAUUUGUCCAGGAAAAGACGUACCUAGACCGUUUUUCGCAUUACCAUGCACCAUUACCAAAGACUGUGGCGUUUUAGGAAAAAAUCUUCUUUGCUGUGACAAAAGAUGCCGCAAAGGGGUGCCACCUCCUCAAGAAGAAAUUAAACACGAACCAAUCUUCUUUGGAUUAGUGGAUCGUAAAUGUCCGAUGGAUCCAAUAGCCGAAAUAUUUCAAAUAAAACAAUGCGAGAAAGACGACGACUGCCUUCCGAGGAUUUGUUGUCCAGAAAAACUUAGAUCUGGCGAAAUAGUUGGCUAUUGCAGAACGGCCGAGCCGAUUUGGGAUAAAAUGCCUAUUGCAAAACAGCUUACAGAACCUAUUAGAACCUUGGUGAGCUAUAUGCAAUGUACGCCCCCUCCACCUCCCAUUUUGGACGUGUUUCCAAAGCCAUGCGACAAUGGUUUGGAUUGUUUUCCAAAUUUAUGUUGUCAGGAAGGAGGUAAAAGAUUCUGCAGACCUCCGAAAAGAUCGAUAUUGGCUUUGGUUGCAGGAAUAGGGCAGAGAGUCAUACCAAGCGAAGCAGCGAGGGCAUUCAUUGAAAGAAUAUCCUGAGUAUAUCCAGAAAACAAUGUACAAAAGACAAAUUUGUGAUAUAAGCAUUAUUUUAGACAAACAGUGCCUUUAAUACAUUACAAUGAUGUAAAUAUUCCCUUUGUUAUGUUUAACACAAUUUUUAAUCACCUCAUUUUGAUACAUAUGUGACAUGUAAUAUACUCAUUUUUUGGAUUUAGUUAUAUUUUGUUUAAUAAAAUUAAUAUGUAAAUAAAAUGCUUGAUUUUAUUGAAAUAGUUUACUGCGAAGACAACGUAUUUAAACUUAUAUCACUAGUACAAAUUUAAACUUAGCAUUUAUCAUUUUCCUCCUUGUAAUAUUAAAAGGUGGAAAUAAAAUACAUAAAAGUUUAGUUAAUUUGUUUACUGAAGAACAAUGUCAGUUGGACUUAAAUUACUAAAUACAAAACUUAUUUUGUCACUGCAUCUCAGCAAACCAUACAAGGACUUCCUAGUCAAGCU